AUGAGGACAGAAAUGAGAUGGAUGCAGGACAAAUACAUCAUCAACGUAACAUUUGAGGGGAGAAACUUGUCCUUCAGUGAAGAUGGAUAUCAGAUGCAUCCAAAGCUGGUGGUCAUCUUACUAAGUAAGAACAGGAAAUGGGAGAGGGUGGGAAAGUGGGAAAACAAGACCUUGACAAUGAAGUACCACGUAUGGCCACGGUUUGACCUGUAUCCAGACAGUGAAGAGCAUGUGGAUGACCAUUUGAGCAUUGUAACACUUGAAGAAGCACCAUUUGUUAUUGUGGAGGAUGUAGACCCAUUGAGUGGGACCUGCAUGAGGAACACUGUGCCAUGUCGGAAACAGGAGAAGAGAGAAAAUGCAACAGAGGGAGGUGUUUAUAUUAAAAGAUGCUGCAAGGGAUUCUGCAUUGAUAUUCUGAAGAAAAUUGCUAAAACCGUGAAAUUUACAUAUGACCUUUAUUUGGUGACCAAUGGAAAACAUGGGAAGAAGAUUAAUGGAACAUGGAAUGGAAUGGUUGGAGAAGUGGUAUUAAAACGAGCUCAUAUGGCUGUGGGAUCUCUAACAAUAAACGAAGAGAGGUCAGAGGUGGUGGAUUUCUCUGUUCCUUUUAUUGAAACGGGUAUCAGUGUUAUGGUGUCUCGCAGCAAUGGCACUGUGUCUCCUUCAGCCUUCCUAGAGCCAUUUAGUGCUGAUGUCUGGGUGAUGAUGUUUGUGAUGCUGCUAAUCGUCUCUGCUGUCGCUGUAUUUGUAUUUGAGUACUUUAGCCCAGUGGGCUACAACCGCUGCUUAGCAGAUGGUAGAGAGCCUGGUGGACCAUCUUUUACCAUUGGAAAAGCUGUGUGGUUACUUUGGGGUCUUGUCUUCAACAACUCUGUGCCAGUUCAGAAUCCAAAGGGAACAACUAGUAAGAUCAUGGUAUCGGUCUGGGCCUUCUUCGCUGUCAUCUUUCUGGCCAGCUACACUGCCAACUUGGCAGCUUUCAUGAUUCAGGAGGAAUAUGUGGACCAAGUGUCUGGACUCAGUGAUAAGAAGUUCCAAAGACCGAAUGAUUUCUCUCCACCAUUCCGGUUUGGGACAGUACCAAAUGGAAGCACCGAAAGGAAUAUCAGAAACAAUUAUCAGGAAAUGCACUCUUAUAUGGUGAAGUUCAAUCAGAAGUCUGUUGAUGAUGCCUUGCACAGCCUGAAGAAUGGUAAAUUGGACGCUUUCAUUUAUGAUGCUGCUGUGCUAAACUAUAAAGCUGGUAGAGAUGAAGGAUGUAAACUGGUUACUAUCGGUAGUGGUAAAGUGUUUGCCUCCACUGGAUAUGGAAUAGCCAUACAGAAGGACUCAGGAUGGAAAAGACAAGUGGAUCUUGCUAUUCUUCAGCUCUUUGGGGAAGGUGACAUGGAAGAACUGGAAGCCUUGUGGCUAACUGGUAUUUGCCACAAUGAGAAGAACGAGGUCAUGAGCAGCCAGCUGGAUAUAGAUAAUAUGGCAGGUGUUUUCUACAUGUUGGGUGCUGCCAUGGCACUGAGCCUCAUUACCUUCAUCUUUGAGCAUCUCUUCUUCUGGCAAUUCCGACACUGUUUCAUGGGCAUAUGUUCAGGAAAGCCUGGGGUCGUCUUCUCUGUCAGUAGGGGAAUCUACAGCUGCAUCCAUGGUGUGCCCAUUGAAGAUCAUCAGUCAGCUAUGAAUUCGCCAUCAGCAACAAUGAAUAACACUCAUUCCAACAUUCUAAGGCUCCUUCGUACAGCAAAAAACAUGGCUAACCUUUCUGGGGUUAAUGGUUCACCUCAAAGUGCCCUGGAUUUCAUUCGUAGGGAGUCAUCAGUUUAUGAUAUCUCUGAGCAUCGAAGAAGCUUUGCUCACUCAGACUGCAAAUCGUAUCAACCUGAAGAAAACCUGUUUAGUGAUUACAUUAGUGAAGUAGAAAGGACAUUUGGAAACCUACACUUAAAAGAUAAUAAUGUAUACCAAGACCACUUCCAUCAUCAUCAUCCUCAUAGUAUUGGUAGUACCAGCUCUUUAGAUGGACUAUAUGAAUGUGAGAACACACCAUUUACAACUCAGCCAAGACCACUACCAAGAAAGCCACUAGAUAUUGGUCUGCCAAUGAAACAUGGCCAGAGUCAAUUCAAUGACAUUUAUGGGAAGUUCUCCUUUAAAAAUGACAGGUACGGGCAUGAUGACUUGAUUCGCUCAGAUGUCUCAGACAUCUCCACCCAUACUGUAACAUAUGGAAACAUAGAAGGCAAUGCUAAAAGACGGAAACAGUACAAAGACAGUCUAAAGAAAAGGCCAGCCUCUGCUAAGUCACGUAGGGAAUUUGAUGAAAUUGAACUUGCCUACAGAAGGCGCCCUCGUUCACCAGACAGAAAACGUUAUUUCCGUGACAAGGAGGGCCUUCGGGAUUUUUAUCUUGACCAGUUCCGCCCCAAAGAGAAUGCUCCUCAUUGGGAACAUGUAGAUCUAACUGAUAUCUACAAGGAGAAAGGUGAUGAAUUCAAGCAUGAUGCUUCACGACAAAACAGGCAACACCAUGUUCAUGUAGGGGAUUUUGGCCCCAAUGACCGAAAACAUGGGUCUACUGGAGGUCUCUGGGAGAAGAAUCUUUCAAUGGGGGACUGGGAUGAACGCCAAGCUCCAGGUUUCUGCCGCAACUGUCCUUCUAAGCUUCAUAACUACACUGGGCAAAACUCUAGCAGGCAGGCCUGCAUUAGGUGUGAGGCAUGCAAGAAGGCAGGCAAUCUGUAUGACAUCAGUGAGGACAACUCACUACAAGAACUGGACCAACCAACCACUGGUCCUGUUCCAACGUCCUCUGCAUCUGUGUCUGGUAACAAAUAUCCUCAGAGCCCAGCCAAUUCCUCUAAAUUGAAGAAGAACAGGAAUAAGCUGCGAAGGCAACACUCAUACGACACCUUUGUAGAUCUCCAAAAAGAAGACAACAUCACUAUGGCUCCUCGAAGUGUAAGCUUAAAGGACAAAGAUCGUUUUUUAGAAGGCAGCCCCUAUGCCCAUAUAUUUGAAGUAAAAGCUGACCCUGUCUUCAGCAACAAACCAUCCUUAGCCGAUCACAAUCCCAGUGGAUACAUGUUGAGCAAGUCCCUAUAUCCUGAUCGGGUCACUCAAAACCCUUUUAUUCCAACAUUCGGAGAUGACCAGUGUUUACUGCAUGGAAGCAAAUCUUAUUUCUUCAAGCAGCCAGGUGGCUUGAAAGGAAGAACAGAUUUUCGCUCUAUGAACAAGUCUGCCUCAGCUCUACAUGGUGCCCUUCCUGGCCGUUUUCAGAAGGACGUUUGUAUAGGGAAUCAGUCUAAUCCCUGCAUACCAAACAAUAAGAACCACCCAAGGGUGUUCAAUGGCUCCAGUAAUGGACAUGUGUAUGAGAAACUCUCCAGUAUUGAAUCAGAUGUCUGAGGCUAGGCAACUAGCCAGUGGCUACUUGGACAGCAUACUGGAGCUCCAAGUUAUAGCCAGUUACCUGGGACAUGAACUUGGGGUAAACAUAGCUGGAGAAUUUUAUAGAAUUGAAACCAUGCCUGAAUAUCAGCAUUCUUAAAAUAUUAAUAAUAGUUACAAUAAUACUUGUUUUCUUUGGAAAGGGCCAAUUUUUAGGAGCUUAAGAUUUGCCAGAGGGCUUUUUAUUUGCUAGGUGCAUGGGGGGAAAUGUGAUAUUUUUGUCUGCUCUGACAGUUCUGUACAACAGCUGUCAGCAAAAAUCAGGUGUCUAAUGAAUCUGUGAUAUUCAGAUUCAAAUAACUCCCCUUCACCUCCUCUUCAUCUCCCCCUCUUGAUGAGGAAGGUAACAGUGAGAGACCAGCAGAUGUUAAUACGAUAGCCCUAAAGAUAAGGAAAACCCCUGUAAACUUGAUUUAUAAUUUAGUGUUCAUAGCUUUUGUUGUCCAAGCUGUUUUUAAGGACUGCUGAGGCAGUGGAUUUAUUUUGUUAAAUUAAAUGAUGUAGACAGGAGUUUCAUUGCUAGCCCUUUCCCUACUAUGAAGUAAAAUAAAUAAAGAGCCAGGAUCCGUCUUGCUUGAUUGCUCAGUCUAGCUAUGGAUCUGAAGGGGGUGUUGCAGGCCCCAAGCAAUUGGACUAGUUAAUCGUUGCUUUGGUAUCUUGGACAUAAGGAGUUCCCUUAGGUUUGAGAUUUUUAGACUUCUUGCAGCGUUGGGGAAAUAUGUAGACCCCAGCCAGCUUAUCUGUUUGAUUACUGUGCUAACUGAAAAGGAAGCAGGCCUCAUAAACCUGACUUUUUUCAGUUUCCAGUAUCUGUGGAAAUUUUGUAGGUCUAUUAUGAGAUGACCCACUGAAGUGUCAGGGCCUGAAACAAGUGGAUAUCCACUACCCCUGCCCACGGCUGGCACCGCAGGGUUGCUCCGUCUUUUACUUAGUAGACCUUUUAUGUAUUCAAAUUAUUGGAAGGACUUUUAAAGGGAAAAACAAUGUAUUUAGCUUUUAUUUGUUACAAUCAGUUUGUUCAGUGUUGCCUUUACAUUUGAAUGUAUUGCUGAUACAAAUCAACUCUGAGAGAAAAUGUAAAAAAAUACGUCUUUUUUUUAAUACUUACACACUGUUCAUUGCUUUAUGAAUAAUGAGGUUCUUUAUAACUGUGCAUGGUUUUUAUUUGGAAAAUCUCAUUUAUGUUUUAAAUUAGAUAUUUAGAAAACGGGAAAAGAGAAUGGAGUUUCUGGAGAUAGCAGCCCACAGCCUAAUGCUAGUACAACAUGUCCCUUUUUUUACAUUUGUGCAGGCACUGAGGAGAAGAGAACUGCCUGUUUCCCAGGCAACCAGUCAUUAAACCAUAUGUGUUGAACAAGAAACAGCCUUAAUUAGGACAGGAAGCCUGAAAUUCAGAGUAAAGAAAUGUUAGACAUUUCUAACACAUCUUUUUGUAAGACAAGCCACAGGACAAGUCAAGAAGGGUCACUGAGGGACUGGUCAUAUACCUCCUAAAGAUGUGAUUAAUUUUAAAUUUUUUAUUUGUGUAUUUAUUACUACAGUUAUUCAUUCACUGAGUCAUUCCUUAAUUGAGUAAAAGACUAUUUCACUGAUCUGAUUUUCUGCCCUAACACCCCAAUGUGAUCCAAAAAGAAGGAAUUUUCUUAUGGCAUUAAUAUAAUUGUAUAAACAAGUACUGUAGCCACAUUCUGUUGUUUCUGAAUAAUAUACCCACAAGUACUUUGAUCAUAAACAAAGUUACACUUAGAGGUUCCCCAAAUUCCUAACAAGAAAAACACGGUAAUGUGAGCAUCUGUUUUACAAUAAUUUGUCAUUUUAUUUGAAAUGAAGCAAAAAGACAAAAACACAUACACACAUUUUGACCAUCUGCAGUCUUAGAAGGACUGGUUCACUUGUCUGGCUAAAAAAAUAAAUAACAUCUGAAGUCAACGAUCGUUGUUGUUCUUACAACAGCUAACUAGUAAUCAGUGUUUUUAAUUUACAUAUUUCCUUGAUUUGGCACAUUCUGAAAAAGUUGACCAUUUAUGCAAAAGAUGAUGCCUGCCCCAACUGCUUUAUUAAAAAUGCAAUGGAACCAACACAUUAACCUGGUUGCGUUAGAUUUGAUGCAGUUCUGAUGCUGUGUUUAUUUAGUGUGCUUCAUCUUACAGCAGAAAGAAAUGUACACACAGUUUUAUGUCAUGAAAACUACCCUUAAAAAUUAGGUAAAAUGGGAUUAGAACAUGUAAGUGAUUACAAUGCAGGUAACAUGUAUCAGUCUUACAGUCAAUAAGUGAUCUGUACAAAAUUUGUAAUAUGUUACUGCUUAAUGAUAAAAUACUUGUAUUAAAACAUUAUGAAAAGUAAUAACACAACUUCAGUAAACUUUCUAGUGCAUGUUUGAAUGAGAAACAUGUUAUAACACAACUGUUGUCUCUUUCAUAAUAAGAAAUAAUGCUUCACUGGGUCUAAAACUGAAACCCAUUUGCCACACCAUCAUCUAAUCAGUGCCAUGCUGCUCUGCACAAUAGUGAAGAAGAUGUCCAUGUUACAGAAAGCUACAUUAAACUUGUUAGCAGGUUCAGCUUUUCUUUAAUAUGGACUGUACAAAAUGGGCUGUGGUUAUACAUAAGGUUUUCACAGCAAUUAAAAGAAAGUUUAGGUGAACCCCAUGUACACAGUUAUCACUUUUUCUUAUUAAUUUUCAGUUUAUACAUUUUCUAUGAUGAUGGUAACUUAAAGGCAAAAACAAAUUUGACUUUAUAUUAGACAUGCUCACUGAUAUUAUAUGAAUGUCAUUUCUCUUCUAAUUAACAUGAAUAAGGUACCCAGGCAAAAUAAUUACUUUCUAAAGUUGACUGGACAGUAUUCAGUGAGGCAGCAAAUCACGACGAUACCCAUUACUGUGGUACAAUGAUACACUUACAAGACAAUGAAAGGUACAUUUCAUUCUUGAUGGUACUGUUACAAUCAGAGAAGCAUGCACCCAGCAAUGCAUUUUAAAAAAUUCUAAUUGUUUUUCCCCUAAUGAGCUAAAUGAAAGUUCCACACUUCUUAAGGGUGAUGUACCAAAAUAUCAUACAGUCAAAUAUCUGAAAAAUUACUGGCACUGUCUUUUUUACAAGUUUCAUAAUAAUGCAUAACAGCCAGACAUACCAGUGUAUACCAUGUAGAAAAGAAGUAGAGAACAUACUCUUUAUGAAGGCUAGUUGUUCAGCAACCAAGAUAAGUUAGAGUUGGUGUAAUGGUUUAAAGCAACAUCCAUAAUUUCAGGUAAACAUGAGAACAGCAGUAUCACAUUUUUAUUUUCUCUAGGUCUUGUCUUAAGAGGAAAGGAAACAUAUCUACCCUUCUAGCUAUUGCUGUUAAAUAAAGUAACGAAGAUCAACAACCUAAGGACAAAAUUCUGAAAAAUAAAUAAAAUCUUCCAACCUA